AUAAUUAGAAGUGAACUAAUUAGUUAGUGGGUGACCAUUAAACUGCGGGCUCCAUUGGCACAUACUUAAAACCAACUUCUUCAAGAGAUAGAUACAUGGCCAACUAUAGGCCGCAAAAAUAAUCUCAAGCUGCAAGAACAUUUAUGGCAAAAUAAUUUAGUUCUUUACGUCUAUAAAACCAACCAUUACUUUUUCUGGGAGGACAACACACACAAAUUGAAACAAUGGGUACCCUCAACAUCAACCAUGAACUUGAUGACCAAAUUUUCAACAACAUAAACCCUUUGGAUCCUGAAGAAUUUAGAAGGCAAGGUCACAGGAUUGUGAAUUUCCUUGCUGAUUACUACCAAAACAUUGAACAAUAUCCAGUUUGUAGCCAAGUCAAUCCAGGCUAUCUCCAAAAACUUGUACCAAAUUCUGCCCCUAGUGACCCCGAGCCACUCGAAAAAAUUCUUCAAGAUGUCAAAAGGGAUAUUAUUCCAGGGAUAACUCAUUGGCAAAGUCCUAAUUUUUUUGCUUAUUUUCCUUCUUCGGGAAGUACUGCUGGAUUCCUAGGUGAAAUGUUAAGCGUUGGAUUUAAUGUUGUAGGGUUCAAUUGGAUAUCAUCCCCUGCUGCCACUGAACUUGAGAGCAUUGUGAUGGAUUGGUUUGGGAAAAUGCUAAAUCUUCCCAAUCAUUUCCUAUUCUCUGGUGGUGGUGGAGGUGUACUACAAGGUACAACUUGUGAAGCCAUGUUGUGCACUAUAGUGGCAGCUAGAGACCAAAUGCUGAGGAAAUUUGGUAGAGAGAAUUUUGGCAAAUUGGUGGUUUAUGCAUCUGAUCAGACACAUUUUUCUCUCAAGAAAGCUGCCCACAUAGCUGGGAUAGACCCCGAGAAUUUUCGAGUUAUCCCAACAACAAAGGUUGAUGAGUUUACCUUGUACCCAAAAUCGCUACGUUUAGCAAUCUUGAAUGACAUUAAAGAAGGGAAGGUUCCCUUAUUCUUGUGCGUGACCAUUGGGACAACUUCAACAACUUCUGUUGAUCCAUUGCGUGCUCUCUGUGAAAUUGCUAAGGAAUUUGGCAUUUGGGUACAUGUGGAUGCAGCCUAUGCAGGAAGUGCUUGUAUUUGCCCUGAGUUUCAGCGCUUUCUUGAUGGUGUUGAAAAUGCAAAUUCUUUCAGUCUCAAUGCACACAAAUGGUUCUUUUCCACGUUGGAUUGUUGCUGCCUUUGGGUUAAGGAUCCAAGUGCACUUACAAAAGCUUUAUCGACUAAUCCUGAGUGCUUAAGAAACAAGGCCACAGAGUUAAAUCAAGUGAUUGAUUAUAAGGACUGGCAAAUCGCAUUGAGCAGGAGAUUUAGAGCACUGAAGCUAUGGUUAGUUUUGAGAAGUUAUGGGGUAACUAAUCUCAGAAACUUGAUAAGAAGUCAUGUGAACAUGGCCAAGCAUUUUGAAGGGCUUAUAGCUAUGGACACAAGGUUUGAAAUCUUUGUGCCUUGAAAAUUUGCUAUGGUGUGUUUUAGGAUUUCCCCAUCAGUAAUUUCAACCAAAUUUGAUCAUGAGGAAGAAGUGAACAAGUUUAACACUAAGUUGGUGGAAUCUAUUAAUUCAUCUAGUCAACUCUAUUUGACUCAUGGAGUUGUUGGAGGCACUUAUAUUAUUCGAUUUGCCAUUGGUGCUUCUCUUACAGAUUAUAGGCAUGUUGACAUAGCUUGGAAAAUGAUACAAGACCAUACCAACGCCCUACUAAAUCAGGGCUCGCUCUGAUUUCUUUUAGGAUUUGAAUUAUAUACACUCAUAGUGUGGACGAUUUUUACUUAGUGUGGACGAUUUUUACACUAUUAGUGUAGUUAUUUAUUCAAAAACUAGGGUAAACUUUUACAACCUUUUUGUUUUUAGAUUCCAAUAUAAAGAAAAGAAAGCCUUGUUCAGUUUUGAGGCAGCGAUACGGUGGUCAGCACCUUAUUGCAACAGUGUAUAAUAUUUACUUUUGUACUAUUCCAUUUGCUAAGCACAUAAGUUUUAC